AUGUCGCCCUCUUCCUUUGAAUUCCCUGUCCUCGACGACACCAAGCCCAAUGACCGCUCCCUACCAGCCUUCAUGGUCUCCACGACCCGAGGCUUCCUGCCGCGUCAAGAGCCUGUCGUCGAGCUGCCCAAAGAGUUUGCUGCUCUUGAAAGCCUCUUGCAACGCAUGCCCAUCAAGAAACUGUCGGGUGAGCCAGGCUUACUGGCCGACUUCACCUUUGGCGACACUGUGUUGAAGGAGCUGCCUGACUUGUCGCCCGAGAUUGAGAAGUACCGCGAUGACCUUGUCGUUAUGAAUGCUUUGUAUCGCGACUACUCUUUCUUGGCUUCGGCGUAUCUGUUUGAGCCGUGUCAUGAAAGACAUAUGAGAGGAGAAGAUUAUGGCCUAGGAAGGCAGUCGCUGCCGAGAUGUAUUGCGCUGCCUAUUGUCAAAGUUGCCGAGAUUGCUGGCUUCAAGCCGUUCAUGGAGUACGCUGGCUCUUAUGCGCUCUUCAACUACCGUCUUGAGGAUCCAGCAAAGGGCCUUGAGUACGACAACCUCCGAUUGAUCCGCGCUUUCGAAGCUGGAUUGGACCCAUCGUCGUCUGAGGCUGGCUUCGUCCUUGUGCACAUCGCCAUGGUCAAAGAGUCCGGCGCCCUGGUCAAGGGUGCUGCUGACAUGCUUGACUCUUGUGCUGGCCGUGAUCGCGAGCGUUUCAACGAUGGCCUGCGUACUCUUGUCGGUGGUUUGUCUAAGGUCAAUGCUGUCAUGAACACAAUGUGGAAGCGCAGCAAGCCAAAUGGCUACACUAGUUUCAGGACGUUCAUCUUUGGCAUCACUUCGCAGUCCAUGUUCCCUAACGGCGUCAUCUACGAAGGCGUCAGUGAGGAGCCGUUGUCUUUCCGUGGCGAGUCUGGAGCCAAUGAUAGCAUGAUUCCCAUGUGCGACAAUCUUUUGCAGGUCGCAAUGCCCGAGACACCGCUCACAGACAUCCUCAAAGAUUUCCGACAAUAUCGACCAGGUAAUCACCGCGAGUUCCUCGAGGCUGUCCGCGAUAGUGCCGAGCAGUCUGGUGUUCGCGAGUUCGCUACGGGAGACUCUGUGUCGGCUGCUUUGUACCUCCAGGCCCUGGAUCAGGUGCGCGACUUCAGAUGGAGGCACUGGUGCUUCACAAGGGAAUACAUCCUGAAGCAUACAUCGCACCCGACCGCGACUGGCGGUAGCCCCAUUGUGACGGCUGUGCUCGCACAGAUGGCCGAGACAUUCGAGUACUGCAAGUCGAUCAAUGGUGUUGACGACAUCAUGGAGACGGCAAACACGCAAUGUGAGACGCUGCGAAAGGAGGUGGAGAAGUAUUGUGGCGAACGUGGUGUUGCAGCGUCCUGA